CCAUUCAUUGGGUUUGGCCCACUCGUCAGUCUCGGGUUCCCUAAUGUUUCCAUACUAUCAGACAAUUAGUGAAGACUUUCGGCUGCCAUACGACGACACGGUUGCUAUACAACAACUUUAUGGUGCUCGCGACCCAUCACGUCCGGGGCCGUCAUACCCAUCACUGCCAACGCCUAACUAUCCUCAGACCAACCGUCCGACUCAUACAAAGUUGUCAACAAUACCUAAGUUUUCUUCCGAAUUCCCGAACCCAUGCAAUAUGAGUAUCGAUGCCAUCGCUUCCAUACGAAGAGAAAUUUUUGUAUUUAAGUCAAAGUACUUUUGGUGGUUAAAACCCGACCGAUCUAUAGACAGGGCUGAGCCCACGGAAAUCAUCCACUACUGGCCAGAGUUGCCAAAGAGCUUAACUAAAGUGGACGCCGUCUUCGAGCGCCCCAAAGACGCCAAGAUUGUGUUCUUCAUCGAUAAACGCAUUUACGUAUUCAAUAGCAAAAAUCGUUUAGAGGGCGGAUAUCCACAACCGCUCACAUCCAUCGGACUUCCGGCACAUUUGGAUCGAGUGGACGCGGCUAUGGUUUGGGGUCACAACGAACACGUCUAUCUGUUUAGCGGUUCCCAGUAUUGGAUGUACGACGCGGUCAAGAAUCGGGUUGAUAUGGAUUACCCGCGAGACACGGCCUCUGUCUGGAAGGGAUUUCCCGUUCCCUUCGACUCCGCCUUCCAGUGGUCUAUCGAUAAAAAUACAUACUUUUUCAAAGACCGACACUUUUGGCGAUUCGAUGACCGAAAGAUGCAGACCAGCGAUGGUUACCCGCUGUCUAUCGGCCCGUUUUGGUUCAAGUCUUUGCUCUGUCGCGACACA